AUGUUGGUAAGAUUCGGUAAUUUUGGUAAUGUGGUCCCUUUGCUGGUCCAGAAUGGACAGCAACAACAGCAAAGGGGUAUGGCCACCCUAAAGGCAAUUUCCAUUCGUUUGAAAUCAGUUAAGAACAUCCAGAAAAUCACACAAUCCAUGAAGAUGGUGUCAGCAGCCAAAUACGCCAGGGCUGAAAGAGAACUGAAAGCUGUACGCCCCAUCGGUGAUGGAGCUAGCCAAUUUUAUGAAAAAGCUGAAAUUCAACCCUUGGCUGAUGUGCCUCAGAAGUUAGUAAUUGCUAUAACUUCAGAUAGAGGUUUAUGUGGUGCCGUUCACACCAGUGUCUCCCGUUACAUUCGUGGAGAAUUAGGCAAAGACGAUCAAAACAUCAAAGUGGUUUGUGUCGGAGAUAAAUCCCGUUCAAUCUUACAACGUAUCUAUGGCAAAAACAUUAUGCUCGCCUGUAAUGAAGUUGGACGUUUGCCUCCCACCUUCAUUGAUGCUUCUAAAUUGGCUGAUGCCGUUUUGAAGUCUGACUACAAGUUCAGCACAGGAGAGAUUGUGUAUAACAAAUUUAAAUCUGUUGUAUCUUACAACACACAGACGUUGCCUAUGUUCAGCUUGGCUGCUGUUACGGCCGCGCCAAAAUUAUCAGUCUAUGAUUCGUUAGAUGAUGAAGUAGUCCAGAGCUACCUUGAAUUCUCCUUAGCCUCUCUUCUGUUCUAUUCCAUGAAAGAAGGUGCUUGCAGUGAACAAUCAUCCCGUAUGACUGCCAUGGACAAUGCCAGCAAGAACGCCGGAGAGAUGAUUGACAAGCUCACAUUGACAUUUAAUCGUACUAGACAGGCUGUCAUCACUAGAGAACUUAUCGAAAUUAUUUCCGGAGCUUCGGCUCUAUAA